CAAGUAGCAUUCAUAUAAUUCUGUUUUUCAUUUAAAAAAGUAUGGUCACAUUUUAAAACAAGGGUUUUAAAGGCGGCCGGGGGGGUGAGACAGGAUGUAGAACUAAUUUUGAAUUGAACAAUACAAAUACGGUUCAGAUCCAGCAGUUUGGAAGAAUAAUAGUGGGUAAAAACAGUGAAAAAUUACUUUGGAAAUGAUCCCUGUGUUACAUGUUGGUUAUUGCCAGUAGAGGUAUUCCAGCAGAUAAUUAUAGACAAAGUAAAUCUUUGAAAAACCCCGAAUCACGUGGUAAAAAAUAACACCGUGACUUAAAAUUAAUCACCACUAGAGGGAGACGUUCCCCUACAGAAACUUUAAUAAUCCCGACUUUAACGUCUAAAUCCAUACUCAGUUAAACAUUAAUGUACACUUGAACGACUUCUAUCCUAAGAUAUUCAGAGGGACGCACGUCUUGUUUUUAAAUUUUUUUUUUUUUUUUUUUUUUUAUCUGGUUUCCCAAACAUGAGAAACAACCUCCUGGAAUGUACAUUCCUAACCACAAAAGGCAAUGAAGCUGUGAGAGUAGUUGAGUAUGUGUUGUCCUGAUAGCUGAUAUUCAUUAUCAGUCCCGGAAAUGCACUUUUAAUCGGCACUCGACCGCUAAACCACAAGUAUGCGUGUUUCACUUGUUCUUACCUCACUGUGUGUUACAGUGUUUAAAUUAAUGGAUCUUCAAUGUAGAAGACUGGUUUGGAAAUCACCUACCCGCUAGAAACUGAAUUGCGUAAAACUUCUAACAUAUUGCAUCAAAUGUCAAUGACAACACAGAAUUAAAGUUAAAUAAGCAGGGUCAAUUCAUGCACAGGUUUCAAAGUCAUCGCUCUGUUCUAAUGAAUAUCUGGCCAUUUUUCAUAACUCUUUAUCCCGUACGGUGAUCCGUGACUCUGGAGUCUGCCCAAGUUCAUUUCAGGGGACGCGUUCGUGUAUUAUGGACAAUAUGGAGACACAAAUUCACCUAAGUGCAUGUUUUUGGAAUGUACACACACAUGGGCCACACAUACAGAACCGGGGGCAGCGAAACGGACCCCCGAUCAGGUGUGAGCCUACCGUGCCACCAACUGCCCCCCUGCUCUGCCUCAUUAUCAGGGGAUGGACUAGCAUUAAAAAUUGCCCCUGUACUUUCGGAUCCUCCAUAAAAAAAGAUUUUGUUGGGUGAAUGGGGUGUGUGUAGGACCCCAUGCAAUAAAAUUCUUACUGGUCCAGAACACAAACCCAUCAGCCCACCAGGAGAAUGCCUGGCACUCCAGGUGGCCUGUCCAAACCCAAAUGAAUACUGAAAUCGGAAAAAAAAUAACCACGCGAUUUUUCAUUUGUAAAUUCAGGUGACAGGUAUAAUGAAUAUAUAAAAAAUGUGUCCUUCAUUUGGAAAAGCAGCUAUGCAUCCAUUUUCUAAUUUCGCGGGGGGGGGCCUGGAGCCGGUCCCAGGCAGUGCGGGGCCCCUGGCUGGGAUACACACUGAACAGGAUGCCAGUCCAUCACAGGACACACACAGGCAUAGGCUUAACUGCCUGACUUUGGACCACAGAAGUAAAUUCACACAACAUGGGCAAAGCUGGGAUUCAAACCCUUCACCCUGGAGGUGUGAGACAACAGCGCCCCCCUUUGAAACACCAUGUAAAAGUACUUAGAUAUUUCAUAUUAAGGCUAAACCCACUUUAAUUUCUCAUCUUCUUCUUAUUUGGGUUUAACUUCUAUACUGGGUUACAUUGCAGACAUGUGGCUGACCCUUCUCCAGUCUUCCUUGCUGAGAAGGAGAAUAAAAACUAACUGUUUCUCACGCAAAAUAUGCAAAGUUGUGUGCUGGAAUAAUUGCAAACGUUACAAGAUUGAAAAAAGAACAACACAAGUUAGAUCCAUCUAUUUUCAAAACAUUUAUCCUCUACUGGGUUGCAGGGGACAUUGAAAAACAAACAUUUUCAUUUGGAGGUAACAAACACAAGGAAAGGGCGUGAAUGAGUUGGCAUAAGUAUUUACACGGUUGCUGGGGGACAUUAGGUGCUUGAGGGUGUGUUUUUGCCUCAGGUGGUUUUUAAGGAAGCAGGUUCUAUUCAUUAGCACAGCUAUAGAGACGGUAACCUGUGUUACAGACAAGUGUGCGCAUAUUUGUAUGCAGAUUAGGAAAGGUAUACGAUACUAAUCAUUUUGCCACUGAAAGACGUGAAACAUUUUCUUCGAAGCUACCAGCAUGCAUGCAGGUAACAUUUUUCCUAAUCCCUAUGCUAUCGAAGUUGUUCAGAUGAUGAAGAAGGACCUGAUCGAGGGGAUUUCCAACACAGAAGUGCUGAUUAACCUACUGAUUGACCGCGGCGUGAUUCCGUCAGAGAAAAAAAUCAUGGUGCUUCGCUAUGGGACGAGAGAAGAGAGAAACUCACAGGUGCUGGACAUGCUGGUGUCCCAAGGUGAGCGAGCAUGUAGGUGCUUCUUCUACCCUUGUCUGAAGCAGGCUGAGCCCGACCUGUACCUCAACAUCAGGACUUACGUGGGCCAAAUUAAUGAGAACAUCAGGGAUGGCCGCAGGCAGCUGAUUGGAUACCUGCUUGAGCGGGACAAGGAAAAUCCCACGGCGAAGACGAGGGAGGCGAGCCUUCAGAAACGCGCACAGGCAGCACCGUCAAUUCAAAAAGCAACGUUACAAGUGGAGAGGCAGAAAGCUGCUGACAUGGAGCCGGAAGAAGCUGCCAUGAGACAGGAUAAAAAUGUCAACUUAUUUGAUGCAGCCGCAACAGGAACGCUGUCCCUGUUGGAGGAAAACUUAAGGUACAGGGAUGUCAACAAUGCCAGGUCAUCGGAGGAGACAUUACUGCACGUAGCUGCCCGGCACGGCCAAGUCGCCAUCGUGAAGUUCCUCCUCAGCAAAGGGGCCAAACUCAAUAUGAAGGACGGCCAGGGCAGGACGGCUCUGCACAGGGCAGCUGAGGUGGGUCACACGCCAACAACACGGGCACUUUUGAUGGCAGGAGCUGAUAUCUAUGCGCUAGAUGAGCACUCAGAGACGCCUCUCAAGUUGGCGGUGAGGAACGGUCAUCUCAGCACAGCAAGAGCUAUUGUGGAAGAGGAGGCAAAGAGCUUUAAAUACCGGAGGACUUUCCUGCAUGUGGCGGCCAUGCAGGAUGACUGCAGCUUGGUCCAGACUCUUCUGAAGAGCGGAUCUGUUGUGGAUGCCAAGGACAACGAGAGGAAGACUGCGCUUCUGCACGCCGUUAACCGUGGCUUCGAGAAAACUGCCAGAGUUCUUCUCGAAGCAGGUGCCAAGGUGAACUGGAACAUCGUAGAGGCCGCAUUUAGUCUCGGUGGCCAGUCCAUGGUUAAUGUUCUUCUGAAGCACACCAAGCAAGUGUCUCCGGGCACUCUCAAGGCGGCUCUUUUCAAAGCUGUGCAAAGGAACCUCGAUGGUGUCGUAGAUGUUCUGGUAGACAGAGGGGCCGAUGUCAACGCUCUCAACAAGCUUCGGUACACACCUCUGCUUCUGGCUGCCGAGCUGGGCAACGAGGAAGCCUCCAGAGCUCUGAUACGCAAGAAGGCCAGUGUUGAGGAGAAGCUACCCAAUCGUAACUCUGCUCUGCACCUGGCUGUUCAGAGUGGCAGUCUGAACAUAACGAAGCUCCUUCUAGAGAGGGGGCUGGAUGUCAACGCAGUGGGGGCCCAGGAACACACACCCUUGCACCUGGCAGCCCGACACAACAGACAUUCGCUAGUAGGGGUGCUGCUGCACGCAGGGGCCCGUGUCAACGCUGUUGGCCCAAAGGGACUCACGGCCCUACACAUGGCAUGCCGAGACAGCCACCCCGAGACUGUGUCCGAGCUGUUAAAGGGGAAGGUGGACAUUCAUGCCCAAGAUGGUCAAGCGAGGACGGCACUGCACUGGGCUGCGGCCCGGGCACAUCCAUCGGUGAUACACAUGCUCCUGUCCGCAGGUGCCAACGUCAACACUGCAGAUAAGGAGAAGAGGAUGCCCUUACACCUAGCUACCAUGGAGGGCAGAGCUGAAGUGGUUUUGGCUCUGCUGGCCACCAAGGCUCACUUCAAGGCCAAGGACAUGAACGGGUGCACUCCUUUACACCACGCAGCGGCCGGAGGUUGGGUAGCUGUGGUGACCAUCCUCCUGUCCUCGGGGAAAAACAAGAACGUGAACGACAGGAAUGUGUGGCGGAAGACGCCUCUCCACCUGGCCUCAGAGCACGGGCAGGCUGCCACCAUCGACCUGCUCCUGUCCAGCGGGGCCAACAUUAACGCGCUGGAUGGCAACAAGGACACACCACUGCACUGCGCCAGCCGCCGCGGGCACCUUACAGCUGCGGAAAAACUGGCCGGUUGGACACAGGGCGGCAGAGCGGAUCUGCGGGCAAAGAACAGGGUGCAUAAAACACCACUGCAAGUGGCCCAGUCGGAGAGCACGAGAAACCAUCAGCACGUAGCUGCCCUACUGCAAAAGAAGAUGUUCCUAAUCUAGGACUAGUCUACCUUCAGGACCAACCUGCAUGAUCCAACUUAAUAUAUUAUGGUUUAAUAGUUUAUGAUAACAAGAUUUAGUUGGGAGUCACUGAUAUUAGAUCAUCUAUCUAUAUGACUUUAUAUAAAAGUGUGUCUCUCUGUAGGUGAGGAUUCUGUACCUGUGAUUGGAAGGUCAUUGGUUGAAAUCCUGUAGAUGUCACCAGUGGACCCUUGAGCAAAACUUCAAAUGCUCCAGGGACUCAGUGAUCCUGAUUUCCUAAUUGAUUAAAGUGAUGAAAAUAAAUACAUAAUUCUUGUUUGCCUGUGUGUUGGUAUAAACAAUGUACCCUGCUUUGGACUUUUGCUUUUCCUAAAAAAAAUGAA